GUUUAAAAACCCAUAGCAAUCUUUGAUUGGCUUUUUUUUUGAAGACCCGAUAUGUUUGGUUGAAAUUUCAGACAUUUAAAAAGCUAUUUUUCAAAAAGGCAAAUGACGAAAUCCACAAUGCAGAACUCAAAAUUCGAAUUACCUGCACCUAAAGUCAUCCAAAAAGACUUUAACUUGCUUCAACACCUGAGGAAGACUUUUGACUUACCACUUCUGGAUAAUUAUCCCAACCAGCCAUUCAAGCAAAUACCAUUAUCUAAUGGCUCUGAGGAAUAUAAAAUGAUUCAUAAAAAGUUCUUGCCCGCAGAAAAGAAGUAUAAAAUUUCACAAGUCCGCAAAAUCGAAAAUACUUUUAUUUUAUUGCACUACCAUAUUGCCAAAAGCAAGUUUUUGUCCCAAAAUGGUGCUUUGGGGUUUAAAGAAGAAUUCUAUUUUCAUGGCACUGCGGAGGAGAACUUGACCAGCAUUUGUGAAUUUAAUUUCGACAGAUCAAAGAUCAUAACUCACAAAUUUGGAAAGGGAAUCUCAUUCGCCAAGAAUUCAACAUUCGCUACUCAUUAUCCAAAGAAUUGCAAAAAAAUCAAUAAAGUCAUGGUGCUGGCUAAAAUGUUUUAUGGCAAUCCGCUGGAAACUGGAUCUAAAGAUACAAUAGUACCAAAAGCUCCUGCUUCGUACACUUCCAAGAAUAAAACUGGAACUGUUUUGGUUAAAUAUGAUGAUGCUUCGUAUUACCCUGCCUAUGUUAUCUAUUAUCAGAAAAAAUAUAAAAUGAAAUAUGUCAAUUUUGUAGGUGAGGAUGAUGACGACCAUUAUGAUGACUGGGUUGAAGAUUAUUAUGACGACGACCAUUAUGAUGACUGGGUUGAAGAUUAUUAUGACGACGACCAUUUUGAUGACUGGGUUGAAGAUUAUUAUGACGAUUAUAACGACGACGAUAUGUAUGUCAAUAAUUACGAUUAAACAUUAAUGAUGGCAACAUUGUAUAUUAUAACCAUUAUUUUCGACUAAUUUUGUUUGUAUCGAAAAUAAGAUGAGCAAUUUAUUUUUCUGGGUCAUUGCAUUCUUUAAUAUAUAAAUAAAACUUUAUUUUUUUUGUUAAUAAUAAUAUACUUUAUUAAUAGAUAAAACUGUUUUAUUUAUACAAUAAUAUCAAUUUAUAUAAAAUAGGUUUGUAUGUAUGUAUUUCCUGUAUAAGAAAAAAUGGUUCCGGAAGUUAAAAACUUGGGUAAAAAUAUAUUUUCAAUUUUUUUUUCUAAAAACUUUAGUAACAUUAGAAUAUAAUAGUAGUAAGUAGUUUAAAAAUAAAACACUCGUCCCCAUAAGAUCUAACGUUAAUAUUUUCACUAAUUUAUGGAAAUCCACACAAUAAGGCACCUAGAUCUUAUGGUUUCGUUCAGUUAACAUCUAAGCAACAACAAUAAUUAUCUAAAAAUCCGAAAAAGGCAACUUUUCCAUAAGCAUAAACGCAUUUUUUUUUUCUCAAUAUGUUACAAUCCUCAAUAAAUAUUUAAAUAAAAUUUCAUUACAAGGCAAUGCCGCCUGUAACACGUUGCAAUAAAAUAUUAACAAAAUAAAUUCUAUUUACAAAUAAUAAACAUCUCUAUUCAUAAAAUCGUCUAAGAAAUUUUCUCCAACAACAAAUCAAAUUCAACAAAAAUUAUUGGAUUCUUUAAAUAUAGUCGAUUUCAAAAGAUCCAAAAGUUUGAAUUAUUUUUGGAAAAAAAAAACAUUAAAAGAAACCAAAGACAAAUUUGGUUAGUUGAUGAACAAGUGCAUAAGAGGCUAAAAUUAAUAUUAGUGCCAAAAAUUAUUAAUAUGCACAAUGCACUUGAGACAAAAUAUUAUAUGCUCAAUAAAAACUUUAAGUAGAUUGCCUAUUAGGACUGACUUUCCAUAAGAAUUUCAAAAUUUGUAAAUUACUAAAGCCCCAAAAAAAUCGUUACAAAAUCUGGGAAAGAUUGGAAGAAAAAGUUUUGUUAAAAAUUAAGCCUCAACAAAGACCAUCCUGCAAUAAAUUACUCUACAAAAGUCACCAGCUUAACUUAUGACCAUCCUCCUGUCAAUUUAUGGAACAAUUCUUCAUUCAACGUUUGACUGGCAUCUUUGGAUCUUGUCGAUAAGAAAAUGUAUCCACCGAUAAAUUCAUGGAUAAC